AUGAACAUCGACAUGGAACAAACGUCCUUUACAAGUAUGUUGGAGAAUCCACAGUUUGGUGGACUGUUGCAAGUACCACAACAGCUACUGAUGCACACACAAGCUCCACCUGCAUUUGGACUUCAGGAUAUGAUGUCUAUGGAAGCGUCCGAGUUCAUGAAGCAGCAGUCAGUACAACAAGAACAAGUUCCUCCUUCAGCCUCAGCUCCAAUGAAGCUCCCAGCAAAUCAAUCGAUCCCUAACGUGCUUCAGAACACAAUGAGUCGCAGUAACAGCACUAAGCUGAUGCCUUCAAAUGCUGAAGCAUCUUUGCUGUCCCUUGUAGACGAUAGGCUUCGCGUGUCUUCGAUUUCUAACCUUCCAAUCUUCCUCCAGUUUCUGCCACAGUGUAAGACGGAGCCAGAGCAAACGCUGGCGCUUGUGGUGCUUCGUGCUACCUCGACUGCAAGUGAUGCCAAGCUAUCUCGUGCUUGUGCUAGUGCAUUCGAGAAGAGCGGUGGGCUGCGUCUCGCGCGAGCGUGGGUUGACUCUGCUGUGACCUGGCAGCACAAUGACUUGCUGGUUCUACUUUUAGAAGUGCUGCAGACCUUACCGUUGCAAUUAAGUAGUAUUACGGAAGCACGAAUCAAUGAACCUAUUGUCAAGUUGCGCAAGAAUGCUCGCGAAGAACGCGUCAAGCGUGCUGCCCAGGAUCUUCUCAAGUUUUGGCGUGGCAAGUUUACUGAAAAAGAAAAGUCCUCGGCGCUGCAGUCGGUAGCAAAGGAAAAGACCAGCGCAAGCAAAGCGUCCUCAUUAACGACUCCUUCCGCAAAGCAAGUACCUUCGAUGACAGCGAACUCUAGCGCUAGCAAGUCAGUACCGACAAAGCAGCCAAAGGUCAUGAAGAAGCGUACAAUUAAGCGGUUAGAACGGCUUCCUUUUGGUGGCGGCAGUGCAGUAUCAAAGUCUAGUGACUUGAUUGGAAAUUUAAUGCAGCGCAAGUCGGCAAAGGAUGCCGCUACUGCUGCAGCUGAAGUGGAAAAAAGAAGACUAGUAGCAUGA